AUGCCGAAUACCAUCAAAGACAUUACCCGCGUGGACGCGACGUCGUUCCCCUAUAUUUUCGAAGAGAACGUUACUAUUCCUCUUGCGAAUGAUGGGGGUCUUAUUCGCUGUAAUGUCUAUCGCCCCAAAGGUGUUGCCAAUGCACCUGUUUUGGUGACCUAUGGUCCCUAUGGCAAGGAUCUUCAUUACAAAGACUUCGCCAUCAACUCAUACAACGAAGUGAACCCUGAGCAUCAUUCAGAGCACUCUGCAUGGGAGACACCCGAUCCAGGAUUUUGGACUAAGCACGGCUAUGCCGUUGUUCGCGCUGACGAGCGAGGCUUAGGCCAAUCUCCUGGUGUUUUAGAUACUAUGUCUCGCGGAACAAGCGAGGCCUUCGUGGAUGUCGUUGAAUGGGCCGCAGAGCAAUCUUGGUCUAACGGAAAGGUUGGCCUCCUCGGAAUUAGCUACUACGCUGGCAGUCAGUGGCGUGUCGCUGCGCGCCAACCCAAGGGAUUGGCGUGUAUCAUUCCAUGGGAAGGCAUGUCUGAUUACUACCGUGACCGAUGCCGCCACGGUGGUAUUCUGUCAAACGCCUUUAUCAAGUUCUGGUGGGAUCGUCAGGUUGUCUCAAACCAAUACGGACUCCCCGGACGCGCUGCCCGUAACUGGGGUCCUGAUACCAUUGAGGGCAACCUUUCGGAAGAAGAGCUGGUUGCGAACCGGAACGACCAAAAUAUUGACAACCUGAAAAACCGAUUCCGCGACGAUGCUUAUUAUGCUUCAAAAGAGUAUAAUAUGGAAGAUAUCAAGGUCCCGCUUCUUAGUGUGGCCAACUGGGGUGGUAUCUUGCUGCAUCUACGCGGCAACGUCAUGGGCUAUCUGAAUGCCGGAUCGGACUUGAAAUAUCUUCGUUUCAUCACCGGCCGCCACGAUUUGCCUUUCUACUAUAAGGAAGAAGUCGAAAUCCAGAAGAGCUUCCUUGAUGCGUUCCUGAAAGGAGAGGAUAGUGCUGGCUGGAGUACUGGUGAAGCACCUAGGGUCGAUGUUUUGCUGAGAAAGGGCAAUGUCGGCUUUAAUAACGCGGAGGCAGAGAAUACAUUCUUACGCCGGGUUGAAAAUGAGUGGCCCAUCGCACGGACUCAGUAUACUAAGUUCUAUUUGACUCCGUCUCUUCAGCUACUGAGCGAGAGCCCGGAGCCGGAAUCAAAGCUGGCGAGACUUGACUAUCGUGCUCUGGGAACCCUCGAUAAACCCUCCUUCCUUCAAUUCUCGACCCCGGCCUUCGAGGAGGAGACUGAGAUCACAGGUCACAUCACUGCUCGCUUAAAUGUCUCUGUUACUCCAGACAAGGGAGGCCCAUUGCCCUCUGAUAUUGACCUCUUCUUGACUCUCCGCUACAUCUCUCCAUCGGGAGAGGAAGUUUUCUACACGGGAACCGCUGGUGAUCCUGUGCCUCUGACAAAGGGUUGGCUCCGUGUCAGUAUGCGGAAGGUCAACGAGAAGAACUUGCGACACAAUGAGCACAUGCCCUACAGAGACUACUUUUCGACCGACGUUUUGCCUGUCAUGCCUGGUGAGGUUUAUCCUGUGGAUAUGGAGAUUUGGCCCACCAACAUCGUGGUUGAGAAGGGUGGUAAACUCAUCCUGGAGGUAGCCUCUGGUGACACCCAAGGCUCGGGUAUCUUCCAGCACAACGACCCAAUCGAUCGUUCCACCGAGAAAUUACAGGGAACUAACCAUAUUCACUUCGGAUCGUCCUAUGAGAACUUUGUUACCUUGCCGAUCAUUCCAAACGCGUAA